AUGAGAUUUCUUCUAUUGACAAGUGUUGCAGUUGUGAGGAUUACUUAUACAGACGGCUUCCGCGGCAAGGGUCUGGCAGCUAUGAGAGCGGGUCGGUCAGCCUUGGUACACAGUAGGCCGACGCAAGUCAGAGGGAAGUGCGAAAGGGCGAUUCCGCUUGAGCCACCAACUUCGUUUAUCAGUUGCUUCCUUCCAACCAUUCGAUCACCAUCGUCCACUCGCCACCUUCGCUCCCACUACUCGGUCAUCCUUCAACCCACUCACGCUGCAUCGAGGAGGUCAUCUGCUUAG